AAAAAGAAUGACAAAUGUCACUUCUGACUUUCAUUUCAUUCAGCAAAGAUGGGGAGGGGGGCAGAACAGGAGCUUGUGUGGACACCGGACGUACCGCUUGGAUCCAAGCGGUCAACUGGACUUAACAGUGUGGAGAGAACGUGCGACACCUCUGUGCGUAAAAAAGCCGCUCGGAGAUCCCCAAAAACCACGAAAGAGAGAAAAAAGUUUUGUGUGUGUGUCGGUAAACACCCGUUACUGCUCCUCUGUUACACGGAGAGAACGUGCACUCGCAGGCUGUUCAGUGCACUCGCUUGUGGCUCCGUUGCCCCCCAAGUCGCUCCGGUCAGUGGAAACGCGCAGGGCUCCCGGUAGCAGAGAGCGUCCUCUCCUCGGAGCUUCGUGGAUAAAUCCCCUCACGGAAUAUAUCGCUGUCCGGUAGCUCUGCGGGCAGGUUUUUUCAUCUGCUCUCUUGUUCUAUUUUUGGAUUAUUUUCAGAAAACAACAAAAAAAAAACACAAAAACUUGGAGGGGAAUUUUUGGAUCGAUUAGGAAAAAAAAUCUGGUGUCUGCCUCCUGCCUCUCAGCAGCUCGGUUUAUUUUCACACACUUAUACAAAUCCUGAUGUCUCUUAUAUUAAUGUUUUUUCGCCGUUUAGUCUCGUUUAGUAUCUUUGUGUCUUUAAAAAAACAACAACAGAGCUGCAGCCGAGUUAAAGACAAGAAAAACAGCAACAGGACAGCAGCAUAUUUAGUCGUAUCGGGGUUAAUUUUCUCUUAUGAUGUCCCAUUUGAACCAACAAAAAUAUCCAAUUUAGGAUUCUAAACCUCCUCGUACAGUUAAGGUAAGGCACACAUGUCAGCUCAUUGGUGUGUUGCAGCUGCAGCGUGUGUGGAAAAGCGAACGAAAUUCCAACAAUGUUUAGUUGAGUCUGGAGUAUUCCUUUAGGCACGGCGUUUAUUUAUCACCGAAGCUUUAUUUAUUCUGGUUUAUUAGACGCGUAAGUGUGAUAUGUGCUGAGUGAGUAGAUGAGGGUGUUUGGAAAGUGCGGAGCAAUUGGCAAAGCGGGGCUUAUCGCGGUGCCAUGUGCCGCACUGUGUGACACCUCGCAGCGUUUAGUGUCUCUCUAAGUGGCCCGCAAACAUAAAACAAGAAGAUAUUUGGGAAUCUUUACGCAUCGGUGCUUGGUUGUGUUUCGGUAUGUUGACUAUAGCUGUCGCCUGAGUUGUUUGGUUUGGAGAGUGUGUGUGUGUGUGUGUGUGGCCCCGGCUGGGUGACAGCGCAGUCACCAUGUCCAUGUUCCGUCGCUAGGAGGCAGACCGCGAUCAGAAAAUCCAGCGCUGAUCUUGAACCUGAUCAGUUUCAUUGCCACCCCUUACGUACACGGGCUAGUAUUUGGCGAUCUCUUUAGAAAAAAGUGAGAGCGUACAAGACAUGUGGGAGGAGAGGGAGCAGGAGGAGACGCCUCCCCCCAACCCAUCUAAAAAUCCGCAAUUCCUCUUCAUCACAUCAAACCGACCUCCUUACCCUGUAUCUCCUUCUUUUGGUGCAUCACAUUUUUACAUACAUGCAGGCUGCAAUCAGCAUAUGCAGCUACACUGUUAGAAUGCCUGCAGACCCCUUAAACCUCACAGCACACACACACCCCAUGCAGAUGCACACACACCCCAUACACAGGCAGACUUAUGCUUUUUAUUGAGAUGGCUGAUUCACAUUUGUUACAAAUGGAGCACAGAAGCUGGCCUCUCACUCUCAAGCAAACAACAAUGCCUUAUUCUUUUUAAUUUGUACAGCCUGUUAAUUCGAUUUUCUGUAUUUGCUACAAUUCUAUAUUUUUAUAUGAUUAUUUAGCACAUGUUCAGAGCUCGCUUUGUAAUGGCAUGAUCAGGCUGUAUGUAAGUGGCUCAAUGCAACACAAGUCUCAGUGUGUUUGUCAGCGCUACAUUUCCUCGUCCAGAUUAAAUUACAUUUUCAGUAUUUUCCACAUUUUUCCAGUAUGGAAAUAUACUUUAUUUAGAGCAGAGAGUUCUUCUCUCAGUUAAGUUUUCUAGAUUUAUCAGAAAGGUUGAACUUUGAACCUAAAGCUUAUUAAAUGGAUGGAUGGUAAUGGACCCCGACCACUCGAAGCCCUUCACUUUAGACUACAUUUAUAUCUUCAUUUUAUGUAUUAUUUUUUGUUUGUUUUGUUAUGCAUGUUUGUUUUAUAUAUUAAUAAGGUGCAAAGACAUUAUCCUCCUCUCCGCUCCCCAGCCUUAAAAAUAGAUACAAAUCACUACAUGCUUCUAUUUCAUUCAAACUCAACUGUGCAAAAUUAAAUCCAUCAAAAUGUUUGUGUUUUUUCAAACCCCGGAUACACUCUUGAGUCACUAAGAGGUGAGGGGUUUAUGUGGCUUUUCAUUAGAUUAUUAUUUUUUGUUUGCCACCGCACAGAUGUCGUGCAGGUUUGCGUCGUUCAAAUGAUAUUUCCUUGAGGGGACGGUGUCCAUAUUCAGAACUUAUGUCUCUUUCUCUGGCUUUCUUACUGUCUUUCUCUCUCUCUCUCUCACACACACACACACACACACACACACACACACACACACACACACACGCACUCGUUCAUCCCCAUGCACACACUCUCACAUGCAUGCGCAGGAAAACCUAUCCCUAUUAUCAGACAAAAUCUGUACCAAUCACCGGGACGGUAAAAAUGAAAAUCUAUUUGUUGAGCCUCAGUGGCUUUAACUUCAUUCAAAAUGUGAAACUGGCGGCUGAAUAAAGAAGGUCAACAUGCAUUAGGCCGGCUAUCUCGGAGUCAGACUCUGCUCCUUGGACUGGAAGAUAAAAAAAAAGGGGGGGGGGACACAUUAUAUGCUGCUGUUUCGCUUCUCUAAUUCGGCGGGCUGCUCUGUUUGCAACUCCUCUCCCACCACAUGCGGGAUGGUUGGAGCUUGACAAAAGGCGCCUUAAAAAGAGUAGUCAGGAGUUAAUCCGGCCUCGGAGGGGUGAAGAAUCGGCUCAUUUUGGAGGCGAUUUCCGGCUGUACAAGUUGCUGGUGUAAGAACUAUAAGCGGGGCACGUGUAAUCGAGGCAGAGGAAAGAGUUCCCCCUCUCCCUGACACACACUCUCUGUGCCGCCUGUCCUUCCCUUCUCUCUUUCCCCCGGCACAUAUGUCGGACAUGUUUGUGACAGUUUUCCAUUCUGACAAUUACAGGAUCAAAAACCUGCUCAAACAAGCAGCCGAACCCCUCUCCGCAGCCGGCGUCUCGUCGGAGGAGCUGUCGGAGCGCUGCUCGGAGCACUCGGAGGAGAGCGGCGGCCUCAAUGGGCACCACCCCGGCUCCACUGUGGGCCGGUUGGCCCGGCUGGGUAACGACGCUCACCCCUCCUUGGAGCAGGACCUCCUGACCUGCGGCCAGUGCCAAGCCACCUUCCCCCUGGCAGACAUCCUGCUCUUCAUCGAGCACAAGCGAAAGCGAUGCCACGGGCCGCCCUGCCUGCCCAUGGGCCAGGGGCUGGACAAGCCCCCCUCGCCCUCUCCCGGCCUGGCCCUCACCCCGUCACCUGCAUUUGCCGCCCUGCGCAGCCGGAGGCCCGUGGAAGUCGGCGUCCAGGCCACGCUGGCAGACGACGAUGACGACCGCUUCUUGUUGCCCCGGGGGAUUUGUCCAAAACAGGAGCCCCUCCCAGGUAACCAGACCUGCUUCCACACUUCCACACCCAACCAGCACACGGUUACACGUGGUACCCAAAUUAAGAGAGAAAGAGCAACUUUACUGAGGCAGUGGCUGUAUCUGCAGAGGAUGUCAUUGUGCGUGCAUGUGUAUCAGCUUUUGUGUGAAUAAGGUCGAGCUGAAUAUUCUGUCAGAAUAUUAAAAAUAGAUCAUAAAUGGUUCUUUCCCCCUAAACCUUUUCUGACCCGUGACUCAUCGAGGGAUAAAUCAACUCCUCCAGCUUAAAUCAGCUUAAAUCAUUCUACCUCCAAUCGGCACCGUGCCAUUUUGAAUGUGUGUGUGUUGCCCUGGAUGGGUGUGCAUUUGUGUGUGUGUGUUUUUUGCGAUAUCAAGUUUUUUUCUUACAUCGUCAUCAGACCCCAAUGUAGUUGUGUGUGUCGCUCUAUGACAAGCCAGCGUAGUAUAGCCUACACGUUGCCCCGUGAUUGCUGUAGCAGUCUGAGCAUAAGGGGACACACACACACACACACACACACACACACACACACACACACACACACACACACACACACACACGCGGCAAUCCUUGUUAAGGCAAGAGAUCUGAUUGGCUGAGACUUGUUUGAGGGGGUGGCAUUAAAUGGUACGGGAGGUGACUCUUGUCAGACAAACAACAACAGAGGGUCGUCCCAGAUGGGGAGGAAACCGGAGAGAAUACGCCUCUGCGCUUUUGUUUUUUUACAGCUGGCACAGAAGCAAACACACUGGUUUCAUUUAGUUUGACUUUCUCCCUCUGCCUGUGUGUGUGUGUGUAUGUGAGACAAUGUAGUGGCUCAACCCAAGUCUGAACAAUUGUCCUUCCGCCGAUCCACCAAAUUCAAUGCAGACAGUCUGUGAAUGUACGUUUUCCCUGUUUGCCCAGUUUGGCCACGGUCAUCAAAUCCCUCUGGCCAGCAGCAAAGAGACAUGGGUCACCUUGAAGUUGUGGUACCACUGGUCAGUGUGUUAGUGGCCUUGUGAGACCAUGGUGUGUGUGUGUGUGUGUGUGUGUGUGUUUGCGGAUGGAGGAUCAGUGGCUGAACUGGAUGUCCAUGUGUGACUUUCAGUCUGGGGAGUAACUGUAGCCUCCUUUCUGGGAUUGUGCGCACAGAAUGUGUGUCAUUGCAUAACACGUGCGUCAGUGUGUGUGUGUGUGUGUGUGUGUGUGUGUGCGUCUCUUUCAUGUGGCCUUAGCAGAUGUGUCCUGUUCUCAGUGUGGUUUCCCCCCUUCCACUGCCACAUCUUACCCGACUUAAUGCAGCCCAGCUCUCCAUCUCUUUCAUUCUUUUCCUCUCUAAGUUUACCUCAGUACCAAACUUCGUAGGUAAAAUGCACAAUUCUUCAACUCCGGUUUCCAUCUCUCCUUUUCCCCGUCCCCCUUUCCCCAGUACAAGAAUCAAAUGAGAAGGCGAGCGGAAUAAGAAGGAGAAGCCCGUUUUUGGUUUUGCUCUUGGAGGGAAAGUCUUUUAUUUAAAGCGCCUUAACGCCACUAAAUAUUUGUUGCAGUGCCAUUUUUUUUCUUCUUCCUUGUGCAUUUUAAUUAGCAGUAGUGUUCGGUGGCGGGCUGCCUGUACUAAAUUAGCUGUUACAGAGAAAGGGUGGAGUUGGAGGGGGUGAAGAUAAAAAAGAGCAGCGGAAACAGUAUAUACACUUUAUCACUCUGCUCGUUGAAUGCAACUCAGACAUCUCAAAUGUUGCCGUUUGUAUUCCAUUUUUGAAAUACAAACGGCAACAAUAAGCUGGUUAAGGCUGUGCUCGUCCAUUCCCGUAACUGAUCUCACAAUGUUGACAGUUAUAGGUGGUGGAGAUGAGGUUCAUUUUUUAUUAAAGAUGCAUUUGACCUUUGACCUAUGCCCGCUAGAGACUAACCUAUCUACCGUAUGUUAGCUGAAAGGAGCAGAGUGCACAAGCAAUUUAUUUGUUUUGCUCGGGUCUCCGCAGUGACUAUAUAUUUCAACAACCCCCCAAACCCCCCACCUCACGAACACACACUUUCGCAGACACCCACCAGCUAAACUGGGUUAUUAGAGCAAUUUACAUCAUAAUACAGGCGUCUGCUUUCUUUAAUAGCGUUGUGUGUGGGAACGUCUUAGGAGGAACAGAUGUACACUCAGACAGUGAAGGAAAAUAGGACAGCAGCGUUAUAUAUCUUGUCUGAUGUUGACGUCAAACUGAGCAGCAGUUAGACCAGAAUUAUUACACGCUUGCUCUUUGCAAUUUUAAACUGAAAAGAAAAAAUAGAGCUUUUGAAAUCUCUCAUCUUCACAAAGAAUCCAACAUUUGGUUUACAUCUAUCCUCCGUAAUAGAUGCUCUUCUUUUCUGGACCUUCUCUCAGCCACUGGACGGCACAAACAACCCCUCACAUAUUCACAUAUUCACAUAUUCACAUAUUCACACCCAUCGUGAUCGUCUAUAAUUAAAGCCAGUAUUAUUUUUUCCUUUGACCCCAGCUUUCAUCCAAAUUGACCCCAAACUGUCACGGUGAAGUAAAUGUGUGAAAGGCAAAAAAAAACAACACAAAAAUCUGCUGUUUUUUAGCCGUGAUUGUAGCCGUCCAAAAGAAAAGCAUCCCGAAUGACAGGAGCAGGAGGAGCAGGAGGAGCAGGAGGAACGCCUCGGUGUUUCUUCUUUGUAAAAGCCGGCUCGGUGUUCCACUGGGUCUCACAGUAUCUAAGGCCUCCAGUCAGCCACGAAGAAUUUAAAAUGAAUUACAUUUUCAGAAUUGUUUAACCAUAUCAACAUAUGCCAGUUUAAUACUGGUGAUCAAUAUUUAAAAUCCAACACCAGUGUGUUGAGGUGUCAGCGUUCA